GGUCUGUUGCCUGUGGCCAGAGAGAACGUUUCAGUUUACGGUACGAAUCCCCACCUAUUCUUGUUCCCAGCACUUUUCAAGUUGUGACAUCUCCGGUUGUUUUUUUUUUCUGGCUGUCACUCGCCAGCAGCAAAGGUUCAUAUUGCUUUUCAGCAUACUUGUAAUCGUCGUUAGAAAUGGACUAGAAAUGGAUAGAAAUACAUAACUAACACUUCAGAGGAUUUUCCUGUAACUGACGGUUCAAGUACAAGCUGCUGCUCUGCCAUUUAGAGAAGAGAUGAUCCAAGGCCCAGGCAUAAUGGAAUCCAAUCUAUCUAUGCUCUCAUCCUUGAAAGAAGACUUCAGCCCUGAGGAUUACAUCCUGCCACAUUAUAAGGAAGCUUAUCGGUUAGCCAUUGACUGUCUGGUCAGUGGUGGCAAACAAGUAUAUCAAGAAUUCCUCCAAGCUGAGAAAAUUGUAAACUUCCUUUCUGAGGAUGAGAUUAACUUUAUAAUACAGAAUACAGAACAAUUACCUAUCAGUGAAGACAUAGACGAUUUUGACAGUCCCAGGGUUGAGGAGGCCUCCACGGGGACAUAUUGGCCCACACAUUCCGAUGCUGCUCCUCCAGACUUGGAUCUUGGUUGGCCAGAGGUCAUGCACAACAGACUCCAGACCAAAAUAGACCUUCUUUACCAUCCACCUAGGUUAAACAGCCCUACCAUCAAGGAGGUAUUGAGGAAAAAUAUCCAAGAUGCUAGACAGGUCAUUGCAAUUGCCAUGGAUGUAUUUACCGAUGUAGACAUUUUUAAAGAGGUAGUCGACGCAUCUAUCCGAGGUGUUCCUGUGUAUAUCCUUCUGGAUCACUUUCAUUUUAGAAGCUUUCUUGCUAUGACUGCAAACCUUGACAUCCAAAUUCAAAAACUCAGGAACAUGAGGGUACGCACAGUGCAAGGCCAGGAGUAUGUUUGCAAAUCAGGUGCCAAAUUUCGUGGAGCCAUGGGAGAGAAAUUUCUCCUAGUUGAUUGUCAAACAGUGUUUUUUGGAUCAUACAGUCUCAUGUGGUCCGAUGAAAAGAUCCACCUGAAUAUGGUUCAAGUAAUAACAGGUGGAUUAGUGCAGUCUUAUGAUGAGGAGUUCCGGACUCUUUAUGCCCGCUCCAAUAUUCCAGUUGAGUUCCAGUCUCAGGACAUCUUGCUAGGCAGAAGGAUGAAUGGCAAAAUUGAGAAUUACUUUAGUCAUCCCAUCAGAGCCUUUGAAAGGAAGGAUCAGUUGAGGCAUACACUUGACUCGGUAUAUCGACAAACCUGUGAAAGACAAGCAGGCUUUAGGAACCCAGUGGAAGAUCUUACCAUUCCUCACCAUAGUAGAUUUUUUCAAGAUGCACUGGAUUUCAACAAGCGGCACAGCUAUGCAGGGGAACGACAAGAGCCCUCACACGUCAUUCAGCACCCAAGGUAUGGCACCAGUAACUGGAAUGUGGCAGAAGACAUCCGGCGUUAUGAAGGGAACUACCCUUCUGUUAUGGAGAAUCCCUUUGAAAAUGCCAGAUUAAAUUUCUUGAACAGGACUGCUAACUUGCGUCAGUCCUACCAUGGUCAUGACAAACAGGUUCUCUCAAUGCAGCAGAACUUGCCAAGUUUGGCAAAUACCUCCAAGUCUUUUCUACGCACAUGGAGGAUAGAAUCUUACCUCAAUAACAAUGAUGCACCCAUUGCAGAAUCAUAUGAUUAUCUUGACCAAUACGAGAUGGAGAACAAACCUAUUCCUUCAAUGCCCUCUCGUCUUAGGACGUCACUGGUUUUUAGGUCCAUCAUCCCAGAGGAUUCAGAGCCCAACAGUUACACAACUGAUUCCUUAUCAUCUGCACGCCAUGAGGAUCAAUUUGGAAUACAGCCAGGCACACAGUACUAUUCCUCAACACAAUGGAACCAAACAGAUUUAAUGAACAAUCGAGUUCAACCUGAUGACUUUAUGUUAAAGAGACUGAGUGUGCAGGUCCCAAACCACUCAGGAAACAACUUAGGUUUUGGCUCAGGAAGAGAUAUAUUAUAUGCCAGUCUUGGCAGAGCAAAAAGUCGAUUUCAGGUUAAGGAGCCUGAGCUACCACAAGAUGACUUGUAUAAAAGGCACAGUGUAGCAGACCCUAGGCAUAACACAUAUAAUAGUAACAACAAAGAGGCUUCCAGCCAUAUGUAUGGACAUAUGUUGAGAAAUCAAACAGAUGACAAUCCAAGAGUUGAGAAGUCAAAAAGUCAAGGGUAUUCCCAAAACCUCAAAGAGGACCAGAGAUCCAUCUCACAUUAUGACUUCAAAAAGGCUGAAGGCAACAACAUGCAAUGUUCUAUUUGGCAAGAACCACCAUCAAGAACUGUGUCAGCAACAGUUCUAGACGUGGAGGACAUCAACCAGAACAAACCCAAAGUAAUAUCCUCACCACAGUUCUUUAAAAACAGCACCAAGAAAAUAAAAUCACUCCUAAACAUUCCAGAGAAGCGGGACAGCUCACCAAAAAGAAAGCACAUGUCAAGCCUUAAAGUAGGUGGCAGCUCUGACACCAUUAUUUCUGAUGACAGUGAACAUAAAGCACAGCACAAUGAGAAACAGCAGAGUUCCACAGCCACUUCGAUGAAAUCCAUCGACAGCAGCAUUUUGAAAAGGACAGAUGGGAGGUUCUCUAGAAAUGAGUCCCCUGCUGCUGUUUUGACUGGAGAAUCAUCUGCUCCUCGUUUUAGUACAGAGCAACUCCAUAGUGAUGGGUCUGUGAAAGAACCAGAUCAGCUGCGUUCCAACAGUCAAAGAAAUUUGGUCCAGGGCACCACCAGUCAGUGGCAGCGAGGGCACGUUGGAGUGAAUAGGGUGUACAGCCGUUUUGAGCCUCUUUGUUCCUUUGAGAUGAAACCUACCUCUUCAGGACAGGGCACCACCAUGCCUAUAAAUAAAGCAGAAAGACAAAGAAACCCUGUCCCUACAAGAGGAAAUUCAAGUACUAUUCAGAACAACCAUUCAACUCAAUAUAUGCAUGGUCAUGAAAAUAAAUUAGGACGUUUUAUACAAAGGGUUGGAAAUUUAAUAAACAAGAAUAAGUAACUCAAGCUAUACAAUAUGUAAAAAUAAGGGAAGAGCUGGUAUCUUUUGAGUUUUUUUUUUUAAUUGGCACUUCGUUGAACAAAGACUAUCAUUUGUUUUCAACUUUGGUCAUUCAAAGCAGGGAGAACCCUGUUUGAUCAAUCUGUUACACUAUUGCAUAGGUUUAAAAAAAUCCAUUAACUUCUCUGCAGAAGAAAAUAACCUAUCAUUACAGUAUAUAUCAACUUCACCUUGGUUUCAUUUGAAAACAAGAGCAAUAUGUUAUAUGUGUAUGUUAGAGAAUUGGGAUUGAAACAUAUGUCAUAUGCAUCUUUUACUGCAUUUGUUCCUGCACUGCACUCUUGUUUCAGGUCAUCCCUUAUGUUCUGAUCCAUCACACCAGAGUAUCCAGAACCCAGUAUUUAUGUAUUUAUGUAUGCCAUGACAAUUGAUCUGGAACACAGCCAGAUGCACAAUACAACUGCUUGAUGGAAUAAAACAGAAUUCAUCAA